AUGUCCUCUUUUCUGGCCCCCUCCGCUGGCCGCCCCCCGGAACGACCUUGUGCCCUCCGGCGCGUCCGACGACCGCGACUCUGGAACCGCUCACCCGCUCAAGUUGUUCCUACCCUGGAGGUUUAUGCAGACGAAGACAUCGAGAUGGAGCGCACCGGCGAAGAUUUGACUACCUCCAGCAAGAAGAUAGUGUCCUUUGAGAAUUUACCCGCCGCUCGGAAGUUCUGCGAAUAUUCGCCAGGUUACAUUGCCGACACAGCAUACGACAUGACUCUUGUCCACAGGGACUACCGUGGCCGGGACCGCAGAGCAUUCCGCAUGAGAGCCAAGGACAAGGACGGAAACGCGCUGAAGGGUUUCAACAAGAAGCCUUUCGAUGCCCCUCGACCAGCGUGCCUCGAAGUCAGCCUCGUCAAUGGCAGGAGCAUCGUUUGGGGAUCGCUUCCCGGAUACGAAGACGUCACGGAGAAGUCGCCGAUUACCGUGAUUCAUAGGAUCGAUACUCAGUAUCCGUCGAUGGAGAUCGUGGUCGCUCCAGAUCCGGGUGACGAGCAUGGCGAGGCUAUCACUUGCAUAAUCUACGCUGAGGCCAUCGAGGCCGGCCUCGAGGCCGACGAGACGCUAAAAGGCCUCUGGUCCGCAGAGUCCCAUGAAUUUGGCGACGAUUACUGGAAUGACUACGGCGCUGCAUUCGGCUAUGCUAACGGGACCGACCCGGCUUUCAAAGAGCGCCAAAGCUGGACGACUAUGGUGAAAAUUGACUCCCGCAGGCAGUCUACGCCGGCCUUGCCGGUACCGGAGCGGUCAAAGGUCAAGUUUCACGGCAUCAAUCCCGGUCGAGUCGAAGAGCUACGCGUCCAGAUCCUUGAGGGGAGCGAUGUGGCCCCACCGGCUGAUGACCCAGAGAGACUCGGUUUCGAUCCGUAUGAGGACCUCUCAUACCAGGAGCUGAUAAUCGGCUUCCUCACACAAGGUAAAUGCUGUGUGCAGAUCUUCACCAAGGUGACUCUCGCUGAGCAGUACGAUGGGGCAUACUCGGAGUUCAUCCAAUACUGGCUAAGCCUGAUGAAGACCUCAAUGACACUCGGCCAUUUCUGGUAUUACCGGAGGUACAACAGGGAAGGGACCCGCCUCAUCAGCCAUGACUUUACUAUCGCAGGCAUAGAGGCUCCUAGAUGGCUGGCCACCAAAUUCGAGGUCGUUUACGACACGAAUGACAUCCCGGUCAGCAUGGUGCCAUCCCGCUGGGGCACUUACCGCCUACCGAAGGUCCUUAUCGGUGAAGACUGUGCCUUCCUCGUCCAACUCGGUAGCCAAAGAGUACUGGAACACCAGAACAGGCUUCUCAGCAAGUAUCUCACAGAUCGCGAAGCUGAUUGCACCAUGAGGUUCAUCGCCAACCCACACAAGGAUCCUCAGUAUCUUGUGCAGGUCAAUAUCUCAGAGAGCCAUGAUAAGAAUGUCAUCAUAUCAACCGCCGACGCUCGCGUUAUCCUGAAGAUUGGAGGCUAUUUCCCAGGAUCGAGGAAGAACAGGGAUCUAGAGCUCACGGGAAUCGUCACAGAUGGCUAUCUCAGCGAAUCCUGCGACUUCACGGUCUUCUGUCAGGGAAUGGGGCCUAACAAUCUCAACGACUUCAUCAAGGGCAAGAUUGAGAUCGUUAACGAUAUAACCACGUGGGCUCGCCAAAUCAACGCGACAACCAUAGCCACAGACAAGCAACAGACCAGCGGCGUGGACAUCGGUGCACUGCUACACUUGAGGGAGCCUACGGUUGUGGAUACUGCUGUGGUCAGAAAGGUAUUCGAGGAGAACCCCGAGCAACAAGAGGUCUUUGACAAUGUCAUCAACAGCAGGCAGCCGAGCUUCAACUCCAGCCAAAGGGAGGCAGCCCAGAAGGUCACAAGAAGUUCCACAGGUCUCGAGCUCAUCGUUGGGCCUCCUGGUACCGGCAAGACCGACCUUGGCCAAACUAUCGUGGAAGGCCUUGCUAAGUGCAACUACCGAGUUCUUGUCGUUGCUACACAGCACGAGGCCGUCGACGUCGCCUUCCGGAAGUUCAAGUCCAUCACCACGCUUCCAGAGCUUCAAUUUUCUCGCUGGAUGAGGGAAUCUCCCAACUAUCAGCAGCCCUCUCAGUUCAACGCCCCAGUGACAACAUCAGCCGCAGAGACCCAUCAGGCUUUGCCCGAUGACAUGUGGAACAAGAUCAGCACCCCCGGCACGAGCCUGGACCCUGAGGUGGAGGGAUACCACGCGAAGUUCCAUACUUGGGUACAGGAAGUGGCUCAACAACCAGGUAACCCGGCCUACGAAAGGGCCACGCACUACCUAGAUACUCUUCGCUCCCUUGGCGAUCCGGACCUGAACAGCCAUGAUCGCAGGAAGUUGCUCGAUCUCGCGGACAAUCUGCGGACACAUGAUCUGGCAAAAGCCUACCUUCGCAGCGAAGUUCGCGUUGUUUUCGCAACCUGUGCCUCUUCGUGCUCGGAUACACUGUUCAGAUUCUUCCAGCCUCAGGUCGUGUUCGUCGAGGAAGCUGGCUUGGCGUCAAUCGCAGAUCUGGCUGUGCCCCUGGCCCCAUACAUGGAGUCAAUCAAAUUGGUUGUUAUGACGGGCGAUCAGGAGCGACCCCCGCCGUUUCUGCCGUCUGUAGGCGCUAACGAGGCAUCUGAUUUGUUGAGGCGUUCUCUUUUCAAGAUUCUUUUGGAAGAUGAGAAGGCGGAUCACACCGAGCUACUGACCUCCUACCGCACUACAGGGGAUCUGGAAGGCUCUGGGGAUCGUGGAGGCCGUGGCGGCGGUGGUGGCAGAGGUGGACGUGGAGGAAGAGCUCGCGGAAGAGGUGGCCGAGGCGGCAGAGGCGGAAGCGGCGGUGGAGCCUCAAGUGCGGCUUAG